AAUUUAUAUUGCAAUAAUAUUAUCUAGAAUAUUAUAAACUUACCUUGUUAAAUGUAAACAAAAACGGAAAAUAUUCUGUAACAAUAGUCAUGUCUUUCGAUUGUAUAAUCUUAUUAUCCGACUAUGUUUGCCAGGUAUUAAGGACAAAUUUUGACAAUGCGUAAAUUCGUGUAACUUCGUAUGCGCGGUCGUGGUGCUUUUACGGAAAAUGUGCUAUUCUGGUUUGUUUCAAAUUCAUUCCAACAAACGUUACAAAUGAAGAUUUUUUUAGAAGAUUCUAAACAAUGUAUAUAUUGAAAAGUCGCUCGACAUAUUCUCAAGCAUUUAUAUUCAGCAUCAUCCUACUUAUCACACUUUUACUCGUACUGGACUGGAAGGUACACAGAGACGUUCAUAAUGUGAAAUCAAAACUGACAGAACAACAGUGGAGACAGUUCCUCCAUUGUCAGGACACCGCUUUGGAGAAAAGCGUUGACACACACGGAAGUUACAUGGUAUUCAAGAAUUUCGUGAGAGCAAAUAGAAAUUUCAUGUGCCACGAGACGAUAACACUAACUGCACCCGGAGACUAUAGAUUUUUGGACAACGUCAUUCAGUUGGUAGACAGAUGGGAUGGACCUAUGAGUAUUGCAAUACAUGCCCCUGGUUUCGAUUUCUUGAACACCUUGAAAUGCAUAGCCUAUUUGAGAAAUUGCAAGAAUGAAAAGAUUAAGGAAUUGGUGACGUUUCAUUUGUUCUUUGAAUAUAACCAUAUGCCCUUUCAUCAGAGCAUCCCCCUGAUAAACAUUUAUGAGGAUACUUAUAACUGUUCACAACCUCCACCGUACGAAACAAUGAGAGACGAAGAUAUGUAUAAAUCAAAGCAAAACCUCACAUAUCCAAUAAACGUUGCAAGAAAUAUUGCGAAAUUGACAGUACAAACCCAUUUGGUAUUCCCUUUAGACGUCGAACUGUACCCAACGAAACAUUUCAUUCAGAAGUUCAUGGAUUUUAUAAUGAUAAAUCCGGAGUACAUAGGGCCGCUGUCCAAAAAUGUAUUUGUGUUGCCGAUAUUCGAAAUACUCGAAGGCCAAAAAGUUCCUGAAACAAAAAAAGAUCUCAGAAGAAUGUUGGAAGACAAAACUGCAAUCAUCUUCCAUCAGGGCCUUUGCACGCCUUGUCACAGAAUCCCAAGAAACAAGGAAUGGAUACAAGCUAAUGUGAGCGAAGGUUUGGACGUUUUCACAGAUACUAAAAGGACUGGUAGCCAAAGAUUUUGGGAGCCAUUUUUUGUUUGUACGCAAAAGGAACCGCUGUGGGAUGAACGGUUAAAUUGGGAAGGACAAGGAAACAAGAUGUGUCAGGCUUACCACUUGUGCAUGCUAGAUUACAGUUUCCUAGUACUGGAUAAUGCAUUUUUAAUCCACAAGCCUGGCGUCAAGAAAAAGAAAGUACAGAUACUGAAGCACCAAGAUGAACUUAGGAAAAAUAAUAGAAUACUCAAAAUGAUUACCAAAGAGCUAAGAAGUGUAUAUGGACCUAAUGACAGAUGUAUAAUACAUCAAUAAAAUUUAAUAAAAUGCUAAGAUUAUAAUAGCUCACACACAAGGUAUAACCUUUGUUAUAGAAAAGUUACUCAAAACUUCAUGGAA